CUUAAGAAGCCACAGUCGUUCACUCGUUACGGACAAAGAUCAUUUUACAUAAAAGGUGAAUAGGUUCGCGGUUCAUAGCUUUUUAAACUCAGUUUCUUUCCAGGAUUCAAGCAGUCUUCACCAUGAACACCCUGAACCAACAGUACGAGGAGAAGGUGCGUCCCUGCAUUGACCUCAUUGACUCUCUUCGCUCUCUGGGUGUAGAGAAGGACUUGGCGCUGCCUGCUAUCGCCGUGAUUGGAGACCAAAGCUCGGGGAAGAGCUCCGUGUUGGAGGCGCUGUCAGGGGUGGCUCUGCCAAGAGGGAGCGGCAUUGUGACAAGAUGUCCUCUCGAACUGAAGAUGAAGAGAAAGAAAGAAGGAGAGGAGUGGUACGGGAAGAUAAGCUACCAGGGCCAUGAAGAAGAGAUAGAAGAUCCUGUACUUGUGGAGAAAAUGAUAAGAGAAGCCCAGGAAAAUUUGGCCGGGGUCGGGGUGGGGAUCAGUGAUGAUCUCAUCAGUCUGGAGAUCGCCUCUCCUGAUGUCCCAGACCUGACGCUCAUUGACCUGCCCGGCAUCACCAGGGUGGCUGUAAAGGGACAACCUGAGAACAUUGGAGACCAGAUAAAGAGACUGAUCCAGAAGUUUAUAACAAAACAAGAAACCAUCAGCUUGGUGGUUGUUCCAUCCAACGUGGACAUAGCAACCACAGAGGCUUUGAAGAUGGCACAGGAGGUGGAUCCCGAUGGAGACAGGACUUUGGGUAUCUUGACCAAGCCUGACCUGGUGGACAAAGGCACGGAAGAGUCCGUGGUGGAAAUAGUCCGUAAUGAGGUCAUCCACCUGAAGAAGGGCUACAUGAUUGUCAAAUGCAGGGGACAGAAGGAGAUCACAGAGAGGGUGUCUCUGACUGAAGCAAUAGAAAGAGAGAAAGCCUUCUUCAAUGAUCAUGUGCAUUUCCAGACUCUCUACGAUGAAGGCCAUGCCACUAUUCCUAAUCUGGCUGAGAAACUCACCCUUGAGCUGGUGCAUCACAUUCAGAGAUCUCUUCCACGACUGGAAGAGCAGAUAGAGGAGAAACUAGCACAGACUCAAGCAGAGCUGGAGAGAUAUGGCAGUGGACCCCCAUCUGACCCAGCUGAAAGACUCAUCUUCCUCAUUGAUAAAGUGACAUCAUUCACACAGGAUGCCAUGAGUCUGACUACAGGAGAAGAGCUCAAGUGUGGAGACAAGCUCAAUGUCUUUUCUUCACUCAGAAGAGAGUUUGGGAAGUGGAAUGCCCACCUGGACCACUCAGGAAAUAACUUUAACAAGAGAAUUGAGAGAGAGGUGGAGGGAUAUGAAGAGAGGUACCGUGGAAGAGAACUGCCGGGCUUCAUCAACUACAAGACCUUUGAGGUCAUGGUCAAGGAGCAGAUCAAACAGCUGGAAGAACCGGCUGUCAAGAAACUCAAGGAUAUAGGCGACGUUGUUAGGAAGGUGUUCAUUCAGCUGGCCCACAGUAGCUUCAUUGGAUUUCCCAACCUCAUUAAAACAGCCAAGACAAAGAUCGAAGCCAUCAGGCAGGAAAAAGAGUCCACUGCUGAAUCCAUGCUGAGAACCCAGUUCAAGAUGGAGCUGCUUGUUUACUCUCAGGACAGGACCUACAGCAACAGUCUGAGUGACAGGAGGAAAGAAGAGGAUGAUGAGGAUGAUGUAUAUUAUGACGAUGAUGCACUAAAAAUCUCACAUCUUUAUGAAGAAAAGAGUAUUAUGUACAGCAUGGAUAAUCGUGCAACACUUCAGGAGCUGAUGUUGCACCUUCAAUCAUAUUACAAAAUUGCCAGCCAGCGUCUGGCUGACCAGAUCCCGCUGGUGAUCCGCUACCAGAUGUUGCAGGAGUCUGCUGUCCAGCUGCAGAGGGGGAUGCUGCAGAUGCUUCAGGACAAGGAGAAUUUGGAGUUCUUUCUGAAGGAGGAUUGUGACAUUGGCACCCAGAGGGCUGGUUUGCAGAGUCGCCUUAAACGCCUCAUGAAGGCCCGGGCUUUCCUGGUGGAGUUCUAGCAGAGAUCAGGCAUAGGCGUUGUUUGAACUGUAACGUUGGCGGUUCCCAAAAUUCAACUUCAUUUUUGUAAUUCCAGUUCACAAGUUUCAAAGUCUAUGGGAAUUUAAAAUUGGCUUUUAGAUGACUGAAAUAAGGUCGUCAUUGAGUGCGGAGUUGUUUUAAAUGUACUGUCAUCUGUACUUCUGUCAUUCCAAGAGAAAAAAAAAUCAAAUGCCUGAUUUUUUAUUUGGUAAAAACAGAUCAUAGGAGUAUAUUGUCUAACUAACAUACCAUGUUUCUGUGAUAUCCCCAGUUCAAUUACUGAUUUGCUCUAGUUCAUAUGUUUGUAGUGGUUUCCUAUUAAUUGCUGGACCACUUUAAUCAAACAGGUAGUAUAUUUUUCUGCAACUGCGUCUUUUUCAUGUUGUGCAAAUACAUUUGUUUAAAUAAAGAAAUCAAUUUGA